AUGACGACUACAAAGAAGAGCGGACGCCGCCGUCUGAAACAAAUGCAGGGCCUACUGCUUCUCUCGCGUCUGGAUGAUACGCCUGCACGUCGUCAGUCCAAGCUCAAGUCACAGCGUGUGGCGGUCCUGCUCCAACCACAGCUGCUGCAGCUCGCGUACUCGUCGCUGGCGGACCAGGACAUGCUGCAGCCGUUGGGACGAAUUGAUUUACGAGAUGCCAAGCUGGAGCAGGUUCCGGACGGAUUUAUCAUCUAUGAGACUGGCAACGGGCUCCACAAGAAGCUCAAGCUGCAAGACAAGGACAAGGCCAUUACAGAUGCCUGGUUCUUUGCGGUCUAUACGGCUAUCACAGAGUUCGAGCGUCUUGCUAUUUUCAGUACUAGCGAAGACGUGGGACACAAGUUCUCGGCUGUCUUAUCAUCGAGUAUGCGUGACGAGCACACAGAGAUGGUGGAGUUCGAGUUGUCGUGCCAGUUGAUGCUGCCUACGCGUCCGAUCGACAAGCCUAGCAUUAAGUGGAAGGUUUGGAAGACAUUUGCGGAGCUCCAAGCAUUUGACGAUGAGCUACGCGUUUCUUUUGGCGCACAUAUGACGCAGAUUGCGUUGCCAAGAGAUCGCAAGCGACAUUUGCUGUUUGGUGGUAUGCGCAAAAAGUCCCUGCAGGAGCUGAAGGAGCAACAGCUUGCUCUCUACGUUGAACAGAUAUUUCAGAUGCCGGCAAUCUCGUCUGAACCUGUACUGGUUGGCAAAAUAAAGCAUUUUCUAGGUUUCGACUCCUUUUUCGAGAUAGUGGCGUCCGCGUCGAGUGAAAGUGAUGGGAUUGACAAUGAACUUUCAGAGACGCCCGCAAGUGCCAAUCGCCAAUCAGAUUCGUGUUUGUCGAUUUUCGCCGAUGCUGGCGAGGCUGAUCCAAUAUCGGAACCACCUUUAUCCAGUGAGUCGCAGGGUUUGAGCCAAGCUGCUGCUGAGCCGGUGAGCAGCGAGUCCGAUGCGCCCUCCAGUCAGUAUUCAAGCACGGAGCAUGUCGGUAUGCCCCCUGCUUUGCUGAUAAGAAAGAGCUCAGUAGUGCUGGGAGAUGAGGAUGAGGUCUUUGUGGACGUCAUUCCAGAAACGGAUCCGAAGGCUGCGAAAAAACUUCAUAAAAAGAUCAUUCAGACGGUUCUUGAACUUGUUGCCAAUGAUGAAGAACGUGUGCAGGAUUUUCAGGACCAAACGAAAGAUUUUGGCCGUGGAAAGAUGUCUGCAAUGGAAUAUUGUGCCUUCCUCCUUGGAGCAGUUGGAGCUCAGGAGUGCUGCAAGCUUAUCCAGGAGAUGGCCCGACUUCUUCCGGAUGAAGAUAAGAGAGAUGAACUCAUGCAGGCGCGAGCAGCUAUCUGGAGGCGAACUUACAGGCGACACCGCAGACGUUCUAAACAGAUUUCAGAGAGCGUCGUGAUGGAAAAGCAAAAAGGGGAGCAGCAAUUGGUGGAGAGUGAGCCCAGCAAAAUGCGUGCUAAGUCUGAAAGCCUUAACACGCUAAAUUGGGAAUCGGAGCGCAUACGAUCCCUCCCGCUUCCGAGAAGAAACUCCGUGGCUGAAAAGAGCAUGCCGGCGAAUGACAGUGUGUUUCACGUCCAGUCGAGUAAGAGUGUGCUAUCAAAUUCUACGCCUCGCGUCGUACUAGCUGAUCCGCGACGCCAUCUCAACCGGAGAGCUUCGUUCAAUACUUUCUUUGGGGAGACACUGCAAACGAAUCCGAUUAAGGAAGAGAACCCAGCUGAAAACGAGUCUGAUGGCGACAGUGACGAUAGUUUCUUCGACCGACCACACACAGUGAGUAGGGAUAAUUUGUCGACAGAAAGAGAGUUAUCGCUGGACGAGAACGCCUGGACUAGAAAGCGUUCGGACCUUGAACGUCGCAACUCUUCGUUUUUAAAUGAAGAGGAUGAAGACGAAAGCACCGACGACGAUGAAGAAAUUCAUCACUCGAGCCGUUCUCACCAUAGCCGCCACCACCAACAAAGCGGGAGUAGCAGCGGUAGUCUUGAGAAACGGUCUGGAAAAGGUAGACCAUUGUCUCGCAAGGGUCUGAUACGAACGCGAUCUCGCCAGAGCUCUUUAUUCAUCGAAAGAAGUGGCGAAGACGAAGAAGAAAACAGCCAAACACGAUUCCGAAGAAGCCAACGCCACGCAAGCCGCAAAUUUGACGAGGAAGCCAAAUCUGGACCAGUACCUGAGGAGGAAAAUCCCGUGCUGGCACGCCUUAAGAAGCAAGGAGCUGUAAACUUUAUGAUGCAGCUUCAUUAA